AUGGCGGAUGCUAAAGAAAGUAAGCCUAUUCAAUUGCUGAACUUGCCGGUUGAGAUACUGGAGAUGGUCAUGACGCAUUUGGACUUUAAGCGUCAUAAAUUGAUACGCGAAGUGUCCGAAGAAUUGCGACAGUUUAGCACUUCAUACAUAAUGCACCGGCACAGGAGCUAUGAGGUGGCCCAUCGGGAACGUCCUGCGGAGAGUGCCCUCAAUCGGAAUAUAAGGAUCAUGCUGCAGAUCCUGCGCUCAACUUGCAGUUAUUUCCCCGAGGAAGAUACCGAGUCUGACUUCACUCUCUGUCUGCUGAACUUUCAGGAUAAGAAAUUCGAGUAUUUCCACACAGCUGAUCAUCUGAGCCAAUUUGUUGUUCAUUUCCUGCGCCGCAAGGAGCUGCCUUUCCACCAAUUCAAUUCGAUGGAACGACUUAAACUUAGACGAUUACAUUAUUUAAUGACAGUUUUAGGUCUUGUGCGGCAAUUUCAACGCGUGGAAAUUCUGAAUGGAGCUAUUUGGAGUUUCUUGCACAUGAGCCUGAUGGUUUCACUGCCCAACACCUCCAUCAAUCUCAUUGAGGAGCAGACCAACUGCAAUGUUGCGCAGUCCAACAGACGCAUCUCAUUUGUGGCCCUUCUUGCCGAGCUGCUCUUUUAUGAAAAGACCAAAACAAAAAAGGCCGGUGAGAGGUUUUUCGAAGGGUCAGCCUACAAAUACGUUAUUUUACCAAAUUCGAAAGCUGAGCGCCGUGCUCAGAUGUUGCUGAAGUUUCGAGUAGAUGGUCCGGAAUCUUUAAUUAUUUGUAUGCGCAAUUUCAUUACCGGAGUCAAUGAUCCAAGCACAUGGCUUGACUUCCUCCCAAGAACGGACUUUGCCUUUUACAUUGAAGUAAAGUCCUAUCCAGAUCUAUCAAUCUGGACAGUAACGUACUAA